UUUUUUCUUCAAUAACUUAAGAAUAAACUUAAAGUAUACAAUUAAAUUGAAUUUAAAUGUGAUUUUAAUUUCAUUGUGUUAAUAUCAAUAAUCGGGUGUCAACAAAUUUAAUUAUAAAAUUGAUUUAAUCGCGGCAAAUUCGAUUUGUAAAUCGAUUUCGGUAAAUAUAACGGGAAAAUCAAAUAUCAUUUGAUAACAUAAAAUGGAAUUAAUACAAGGUGAUGCUCGAGCUUUAACUGGUAUUAUGGUUAAUCAAGAAGAGAAACCAGUAUAUAAUGGUACGACAGUACCAUUAACAUCAUCAUCAUCAGGAGCAGCAGCAGUAUCGCCAUUAUCAUGUACAACAUGUAAUAAUAAAAUAAAACAAUAUAAUGCAAAUGGACAAAUACAGGAAAUUGUUAAUGUUAUAAAACAACAAGAUAAAAAUGAUAAUAAUGCAACAGAUUUAUUUUCGCAAUUACCAGCUAGAUCACCAGUUGAUUUAGAAUUUAAGGAUUUAUCAUAUACGGUUAAUGAAGGAUUUAUUAAAAGAACUCCAAAAGAAAUCCUUCAUAAUGUUGGUGGAAAAUUUCCUGGAAGUCAACUUAUUGCAAUUAUGGGCCCAUCUGGUGCUGGUAAAUCAACAUUAUUGGAUGUACUUUCUGGUUUUAAAACAACUGGAGUUACAGGAGCAGUUCUUAUGAAUGGUAGACCAAGAGAUUUAAAUGCCUUCAGAAGACAAACUUGUUAUAUUACACAAGAUGAUAGACUUCAUGAAUUAUUAACUGUGGUUGAAAAUAUGAGAUGUGCCGCUGAAUUGAAAUUAGGAAAAAAUUUAUCAUAUGAACUUAAAGAGAGAAGGAUAGAAGAAAUUCUUUUGAUACUUGGUCUUUAUGAACAUUCUGAUACUUUAGCUAAAAAAUUAUCUGGUGGUCAGAAAAAACGUUUAUCAAUAGCAUUAGAAUUGAUAAAUAAUCCAACUAUAAUGUUUUUAGAUGAACCUACAACUGGAUUAGAUAGUUAUUCAUGCUGCAGAGUUAUAGAUUUAUUACAAAAAUUAGCAAGUCAAGGAAGAACUAUAAUUUGUACGAUACAUCAACCGACAGCGAAACUUUUCCAAAAUUUUGAUCUUGUCUAUGUUUUAUCAGCCGGAAAAUGUGUUUAUCAAGGUGGAACUUCAAAAUUAGUGAAAUUUUUACAAGAAGUUGAUUUACCAUGUCCAAAGUAUCACAAUCCAGCAGAUUAUAUUAUUGAAUUAGCAUGCCGGGAAUAUGGUGAAGAUAAAGUUGAUUAUUUGUGUAAAGAAAUGCAAAAUGGUCGUAAUAUUGAAUGGUUUGAAGAUCCUUCGAAAAUAUGUAAAGCAGAAGAUCUAAUGAGAAAAAACCCUGUGCCACCAAAAACAAAAGCAAGAUCAUUGGAAGAUACAACAACUUGGAAUCAAAUUAAAAUUUUAAUGUACAUGGAAUUUAUGAAAUUGAAACGAGACUCGACCUUAUCACAUUUGAGAAUAGCUGUUAAUAUAUUUUUGGCAAUUGUUUUAGGACUUUUAUAUAUGGAUGCUGGUAAUGAAGGUUCAAGAGUUGUUGAUAAUUAUUAUUUAUUAUUUGCUAUUUUAAUGCAUCAUUCAAUGACAACAAUGAUGUUAACUGUAUUAACGUUUCCAAUGGAAAUGAAUAUUUUGUUAAAGGAACAUUUUAAUAGAUGGUAUUCAUUGAAAUCGUAUUAUGCUGCAGUAUCGCUUCUUGAUUUACCUUUAUCGACAUUUUGUUGUUUAAUUUUCACAAUUAUAAUAUAUUUCUUAAGUGAUCAACCACUGGAAAUGUUCCGUUUUGUAAUGUUCUUUGCAAUCAGUUUAUUAAUAGUUUUUAUUGGUCAAAGCACAGGACUUAUUAUUGGUGCUUGGUUUAGUGUUGUGAACGGAACAUUCUUUGCUCCAGUUUUAAUGGUUCCAAUUAUGAUGUUUGCUGGCUUUGGUGUUAAUCUAAGAGAUAUUCCAUAUUAUUUGAAAUGGGGCACACAUUUAUCAUAUUUAAGAUAUGCGUUGGAAGGAUAUGUUGGUUCAAUUUAUGGUGAAAAAAGAGAAGCUUUAGAAUGUGAAAGAAUGAUAUACUGUCAUUAUCGGCAUCCUGAAAAAUUUUUGUAUGAAGUUGCAAUGAGAGGAGACAAGUUUUGGUUUAAUUUCUAUGCUUUAGUAAUUAUUAUAGUUUUAUUACGGCUUGGUGCAUAUGUUGUCCUUAAAUUAAAGAUAAAAUCUGAAAAAUAAACGACACAUGUAUUUUUAAUUUUUAUAUAAGACAAAUCAACUGAUUGUAUUUUUAAUUCGUGUUUAAUGAUAUUGUUUUAAUUAUAGUGUACGCGGUUGGUGUUUUUAAUUUUCAUUAAAAUAUUAUCUACCUUAUAAUUUUGUAUAU